CCUUCACUUCCCCACUUGAUAUAACUCACUUGGCCAUGGAAGGGUCUUCUUCAAGAGGGAAUCAGAGCAAUGAGAACAACCAAGAGACCAGGAACAAGAGGGGAUCGCGGUUGCGAUGCAAUCCGCCCCUGUACCGUGGGAUCCGGAGGCGCCCUUGGGGCAAGUUCGCGGCCGAGAUCCGGGACCCCUCGAAGAACGGCGCCCGCCUCUGGCUUGGGACCUUUGAUACAGCGGAGGAGGCCGCCCGAGCCUAUGACCAGGCCGCCUUCGCCUUCCGGGGCCAUUUGGCCAUCCUCAACUUCCCCAACGAGCAACAAUACUAUGCGCAGAAUGACUACAAUGUCUCCGGGCACAGCAGUUCUUUCUCCACGUCCCUGUCGCUGUCGUCGUCGUCGUCGCCAUCGUUCUCUUCAGCAAGUCCGUCAUCAUCCGAUGUGUCAGCUCCCGCCGAGCCAUCCAGAGAUGUGAUUGAGUUGGAGUAUCUGGACGAUAAGUUGUUGGACGAACUACUGAAGUCGCACAGCGACGUGUAGGGUAAAUGCGGGUAGGCGAGUGCAUAUUCAGGGUUUCCGAUGUUUCAGGGGUACGUGCAUAUACUUGAAUAAAUUACAUUUGGCAAUCUUGAAGACUGCAUUGUCACAGCGGGCGCUUAACAUGACAAGGCAAUACUGUAAUUUGUACUGCAACUUCGAUCAGUAUCAGUGGAGCAAAUGGCUCGUAUGAUACCUGUAUCUUUCUCAGGUACUUCUCUGGGUACUUGCCCUCAAUUUAAGCAGCUGUAUUCACCCGAACACAGACUUCUGGGCUGCUACAGCUAUCUCAUUCCAAUAAACUAUUGCAAUAUGUCUAAGGUUUCU